AUGGACGCCAAAGCCAACACCCGCGCAUCUGUCGACUCCAACAGCCCUCUGCUGAGGAAAUCGCAAGACACAACCGCUUCUCCAACUUCUUCCUCGCCAGCCGAAAAGGGCACAACUUCAAACACCAGCGCCAAAGAUGCCGAGGCGCAAAAGAGCAAUGCCAAGGAUACUUUGAAUCCCAAGCAUCCCGUCUCGAGCAUCCCCUUUAGCAUGAUUCACUGGUAG